GGCUUGAUGCCGUGGAGGAGGCAGGCAGGCAGGCAGGCAGGCUGAGCUGACCCGCUUGUGGUGUGUGUCUCCUAGCCUACAUCCAAAAGCCAGGUCGUAUGCAUUAACGAGUGACAGUCAUCAGGUGUGUAGGUCGGUGAGGCCAUAAUACUACCCACCAAGAUGGUUGCUCUGUCGCUCAAGAUCUGCGUGCGCCAGUGCAACGUGGUGAAGACGAUGCAGUUUGAGCCAUCCACGCCUGUGUACGAUGCAUGCAGAAUCAUCAGAGAGAGAGUCCCAGAGGCCCAGACAGGACAAGCGUCAGAUUACGGCCUCUUCCUGUCUGACGAAGACCCCCGGAAAGGAAUCUGGCUGGAGUCGGGAAGAACCCUGGAUUACUACAUGCUGCGAAAUGGAGAUGUUUUGGAGUAUAAGAAGAAACAAAGGCCGCAAAAGAUCAAAAUGCUGGAUGGUGCAGUGAAAACCAUCAUGGUGGAUGACUCCAAAACAGUGGGGGAGCUGCUUGUCACUAUAUGCAGUAGAAUAGGAAUCACCAACUACGAAGAAUACUCACUCAUUCAAGAGGUGACGGAAGAAAAAAAGGAGGAUGGAAUGGGAACGCUGAAGAAAGACAGAACGCUGCUGCUGCGGGAUGAGAGGAAGAUGGAAAAGCUGAAAGCCAAACUACACACAGAUGAUGACUUGAACUGGCUCGACCACAGCAGGACUUUCAGAGAGCAGGGGGUGGAGGAAAGCGAGACUCUGCUGCUCAGAAGAAAGUUCUUCUAUUCAGACCAGAAUGUGGACUCGAGGGACCCUGUCCAGCUAAACCUACUCUAUGUUCAGGCGAGGGAUGAUAUAUUGAACGGAUCCCACCCUGUCUCCUUUGAUAAAGCUUGUGAGUUCGCAGGGAUCCAGGCUCAGAUCCAGUUUGGACCCCACGUGGAGCACAAACACAAACCUGGAUUCCUUGACCUGAAGGAGUUCCUACCUAAAGAGUACAUAAAGCAGAGAGGGUCAGAGAAGAAAAUAUUCCAGGAUCAUAAAAACUGUGGAGAGAUGACGGAAAUUGAAGCAAAAGUGAAGUAUGUGAAGCUUGCCAGGUCGCUGCAGACAUACGGAGUGUCCUUCUUCCUGGUCAAGGAAAAGAUGAAGGGUAAAAAUAAGCUGGUCCCGCGGCUGCUUGGGAUAACCAAAGAGUCAGUGAUGCGAGUAGAUGAGAAGACGAAGGAUGUGGUGCAGGACUGGCCACUGACGACAGUGAAGAGAUGGGCUGCUUCCCCCAAGAGCUUCACCCUGGAUUUCGGCGAGUACCAAGAGAGUUACUACUCAGUCCAGACAACAGAAGGAGAGCAGAUAUCCCAACUUAUUGCUGGAUACAUUGAUAUUAUUCUUAAAAAGAAGCAGAGUAAGGAUCGCUUUGGCCUUGAGGGGGAUGAAGAAUCCACCAUGCUGGAGGAAUCUGUAUCCCCGAAGAAGUCCACAAUUUUGCAGCAGCAGUUUAACCGAGUGGGUCGUGUGGAGCACGGCUCAGUAGCACUGCCAGGUAUAAUUCGUUCUGGGUCCAUAGGAGGCCCUGACACCUUCAAUGUGGGCACGAUGCCCUCUGCACAGCAGCAGAUCACCACAGGGCAGAUGCACAGAGGACACAUGCCGCCACUGAGUCUGGCCCAGCAGGCCCUGAUGGGGACCAUCAACAGCAGUAUGCAGGCUGUACAGCAGGCGCAGGCCGACCUGGGACAUGUAGAUAAUCUGCCUCCACUCGGCCAUGACUUGGCAUCCAGAGUCUGGGUUCAGAACAAAGUGGAUGAAUCCAAACAUGAAAUCCACUCUCAGGUUGAUGCCAUCACCGCUGGUACGGCAUCUGUCGUCAAUCUGACUGCAGGUGAGCCCACCGACACAGACUACACAGCCGUGGGCUGCGCAAUCACCACCAUUUCCUCCAACCUCACGGAAAUGUCUAAGGGUGUCAAGCUGCUUGCGGCACUAAUGGACGACGAGGUGGGCAGUGGACACAAGCUCAUGGGUGCUGCCAGGAUGCUGGCAGGAGCUGUGUCAGAUCUGCUCAGAUCUGUUGAGCCUGCAGCUGCUGAGCCCAGACAGACUGUGCUGACUGCAGCAGGAAGCAUUGGACAGGCCAGCGGGGACCUGCUCCGUCACAUGGGGGAGGGCGAGACCGACGAGAAGUUCCAGGACACCCUUAUGAAUCUUGCCAAAGCAGUGGCCAAUGCAGCUGCUAUGCUGGUCCUGAAGGCCAAGAACGUGGCCCAGGUGGCCGAGGACACUGUUCUGCAGAACCGGGUGAUCGCAGCUGCCACUCAGUGUGCCCUGUCCACCUCACAGCUGGUGGCAUGCACCAAGGUGGUGAGCCCGACCAUCAGCUCCCCAGUGUGUCAGGAGCAGCUUGUUGAGGCUGGGAAGCUGGUGGACCGCUCUGUUGAAACCUGUGUCAAGGCUUGCCGCUCGGCCAGUGACGACGGCGAGCUGCUGAAGCAAGUCGGGGCAGCAGCUGGUGUGGUGAGCCAGGCCCUCAGCGACCUGCUACAGCACGUCCGCCACUACGCCAGCUGCGGCGAGCCCAUCGGACGAUACGACCAGGCCACGGACACCAUCAUGAACGUGACAGAGAACAUUUUUACCUCCAUGGGGGAUGCUGGUGAGAUGGUGCGCCAGGCCAGGGUGUUAGCUCAGGCAACCUCUGACUUAGUCAAUGCCAUGAGAUCUGACGCAGAGGCUGAAGUUGAUGUAGACAACUCUAAAAAGCUGCUGGCUGCUGCCAAACUCCUGGCUGAUGCCACAGCUCGGAUGGUGGAGGCUGCAAAGGGGGCAGCUGCUUACCCAGAGAAUGAGGACCAGCAGCAGAGGCUGAGAGAGGCAGCUGAAGGGCUACGUGUCGCCACAAAUGCUGCAGCUCAGAAUGCAAUAAAGAAGAAACUUGUCAACAGGCUGGAGAUAGCUGCUAAGCAGGCAGCGGCUGCUGCUACUCAGACCAUCGCAGCUGCCCAAAAUGCUGCUGCCUCUAACAAAAAUACCAUGUCCCACCAACAGCUUGUGCACAGCUGCAAGGCUGUAGCAGAUUGCAUUCCCCAAUUGGUGCAGGGGAUGAGGAGCAGCCAGGCCCAGCCUGAGGAGCUUUGUGCCCAGCUCACCCUCAUCAUGGCCAGCCAGAGCUUCUUACAGCCUGGAAGUAAGAUGGUGACUUCAGCAAAGUCAGCAGUCCCGACGGUGGCGGACCAAGCUGCUGCCAUGCAACUGGGCCAGUGUGCCAAAAACUUGGCAACCUGCCUGGCUGAGCUCAGGACUGCUACCCAGAAGGCCCAUGAAGCCUGUGGCCCUCUGGAGAUCGAUUCAGCCCUCAAGACUGUGCAGACUCUCAAGAGUGAGCUUCAGGAUGCCAAGAUGUCCGUCAUUGAUGGUCAAUUAAAACCUCUUCCUGGGGAAACACUGGAGAAGUGUGCUCAAGAUUUAGGAAGUACCUCUAAGGCUGUGGGCUCCUCCAUGGCCCAGUUGCUGACAUGCGCUGCACAGGGCAAUGAGCAUUAUACAGGUGUGGCUGCCAGAGAAACAGCACAAGCUUUACGGACAUUGGCUCAAGCAGCCAGAGGAGUUUCAGCCAGCACCAAAGAGCCUCAGGCUGCAGCUGCGAUGCUGGACUCGGCUCAGAACGUCAUGGAAGGCUCGGCCAUGCUGAUCCACGAAGCCCACCAGGCCCUGGUUCAUCCAGGAGAUGCCGAGAGUCAGCAGAGACUGGCACAGGUGGCCAAAGCAGUGUCACACUCCCUGAAUAAUUGUGUGAAUUGCCUGCCAGGCCAGAAGGAUGUUGACAUGGCUCUCAGGAGCAUCGGCGAAGCCAGCAAGAAGCUGCUGGUGGACAUGCUCCCUCCCUGCUGUAAGACAUUCCAGGAGGCCCAGACUGAUCUGAACCACACCGCGGCUGAACUCAACCACUCUGCAGGCGAGGUCGUCCACUCCUCUCGCGGUACGAGCAGCCAGCUGGCUGCGGCCUCAGGGAAGUUCAGCCAAGACUUUGAUGAGUUCCUGGAUGCUGGCAUUGAAAUGGCAGGACACACCCAAAGCAAGGAUGACCAGAUCCAAGUCAUUGGUAAUCUAAAAAACAUCUCUAUGGCAUCCAGUAAGCUGCUGCUAGCUGCCAAGUCUCUGUCUGUGGAUCCAGGUGCAGCCAACGCUAAAAAUCUUCUAGCUGUGGCAGCAAGGGCAGUGACAGAGAGUAUUAACCAGCUGAUCACCAUCUGUACGCAGCAAGCAGCGGGACAAAAGGAGUGUGACAAUGCCUUGAGGGAGUUGGAGGCCGUCAGAGGUCUCCUAGAUAACCCAAACGAGCCGGUCAACGAACUCUCCUACUUUGAUUGCAUUGAGAGUGUCAUGGAGAAUUCAAAGGUCCUGGGAGAGUCAAUGGCAGGCAUUUCUCAGCACUGCAAGACAGGAGACGUGUUAGCCUUCGGGGAGAGCGUGGGUGUAGCAUCCAAAGCUCUGUGCGGGCUGACGGAGGCUGGAGGACAGGCCUCUUAUCUUGUCGGUGUAUCUGACCCCAAUAGCCAGUCUGGCCACGAAGGACUGGUGGAUCCCAUCCAGUUUGCAAAGGCUCAUCAGGCCAUACAGAUGGCUUGUCAUAACUUAGUGGACCCGGCCAGUAGUCCCUCACAGAUCUUGUCUGCAGCAACAAUAGUUGCCAAGCACACAUCAGCUCUCUGUAACGCUUGCCGUCUGGCCUCCUCCAAGACCUCCAACCCUGUUGCAAGAAGACAGUUUGUACAGUCCGCCAAAGAGGUGGCCAACACCACAGCCAACCUUGUCAAAACCAUCAAGGUUAACUCCCCAACUGAUCAAAACGGUUUAGACGGAGACUUUUCAGAGGAGAACAGAAACCGGUGCCGUGUUGCUACGACUCCUCUCCUAGAAGCUGUAGAGAACUUGUCAACCUUUGCCAACAACCCUGAGUUUGCGAGCAUCCCAGCUCAGAUCAGCAACGAGGGCUCAGCAGCGCAGGAACCUAUUGUGCGUUCGGCCCGCUCCAUGCUUGACAGCUCGACUUACCUUUUAGAAACCGCCCGAUCACUGGUCCUCAAUCCCAAAGACCCUCCCACAUGGUCCAUACUAGCUGGCCACUCCCGGACAGUUUCUGACUCCAUCAAGAGUCUCAUCACCUCCAUCAGGGACAAGGCGCCAGGACAGAGGGAGUGUGAUUACUCCAUUGAUAAUAUCAAUAAGUGCAUCCGGGACAUUGAGCAAGCGUCCCUCGCUGCAGUUGGACAGACCUUGCCCUGCAGAGAUGAUAUCUCCAUGGAAGCGCUCCAGGAUCAGCUCACAUCCUCUGUACAGGAGAUUGGGCAUCUGAUUGAUCCUGUCUCCACAGCAGCUCGAGGUGAAGCUGCCCAACUAGGACACAAGGUGACGCAACUUGCCAGUUACUUUGACCCACUCAUUGUGGCGUCAGUGGGCAUGGCGUCUAAGCUGCACGACCACCAACAGCAGAUGACCAUACUGGAUCAGACAAAAACCCUGUCUGAAUCUGCACUACAGAUGCUCUACGCUGCCAAGGAAGGCGGGGGAAACCCAAAGGCGUCCCACACCCACGAUGCCAUCUCUGAGGCAGCCCAGUUGAUGAAAGAGGCCGUGGACGACAUCAUGGUGACUUUGAAUGAGGCGGCCAGUGAAGUGGGCUUGGUCGGUGGCAUGGUGGAGUCCAUAGCAGAGGCCAUGGGCAGGGUGGAUGAGGGAACACCUCCUGAACCCGAGGGCUCUUUUGUGGACUACCAGACCACCAUGGUGAAGUUCUCCAAGGCCAUCGCUAUUACCGCACAGGAGAUGAUGACUAAAUCGGUAACCUGCCCCGAAGAGCUCGGUGGCCUUGCCUCUCAGGUGACGGUGGACUAUGGACAGCUAGCACACCAAGGAACUCUUGCUGCUGCCACUGCAGAGCCAGAGGAGGUGGGUUACCAGAUAAAGACAAGGGUGCAAGAGCUGGGUCAUGGCUGUAUCUUCCUGGUCCAGAAGGCUGGAGCCCUGCAGCUCAGCCCUACUGACAGCUUCUCCAAACGGGAGCUCAUCGAGUGUGCCCGCGCAGUCACAGAGAAGGUGUCCUUGGUACUGUCGGCACUGCAGGCGGGGAACAAAGGCACCCAGGCCUGCAUCACAGCAGCCAGCGCUGUUUCUGGCAUCAUCGCUGACCUGGACACCACCAUCAUGUUCGCCUCAGCUGGAACACUUAACCCUGAGAACGAAGAGUCUUUUGCGGAUCACAGGGAGAGCAUCUUGAAGACAGCCAAGACUCUGGUGGAGGACACCAAGCUGCUGGUCGCUGGAGCUGCAUCCAGCCAGGAGAAACUGGCCCAAGCUGCACAGUCUUCAGCCAAGACCAUCACCCAGCUCACCGAGGUGGUCAAAAUGGGAGCUACCAGCAUGGGUUCUGAGGACCCAGAGACGCAGGUGGUUCUGAUUAAUGCCGUGCGGGAUGUGGCCAAGGCUCUGGCCGAACUCAUUGGUGCCACCAAAUGUGCCGCCGGAAAGGCAGCUGACGACCCGUCCAUGUAUCAGCUGAAGGGCGCUGCAAAGGUCAUGGUGACCAACGUGACGUCUCUGCUAAAAACAGUGAAAGCAGUGGAGGAUGAGGCGACUCGUGGGACCCGGGCACUGGAGGCCACCAUUGAGUGCAUCAAGCAGGAGCUGACAGUAUUCCAGUCCAAGGAGGUCCCGGACAAGCCCACCACACCUGAGGACUUCAUCCGCAUGACAAAGGGCAUCACUCUAGCAACGGCCAAAGCGGUGGCCGCAGGCAACUCUGCCCAGCAGGAGGACGUGAUCGCCACUGCCAACCUGAGCCGCAAAGCCAUCACUGAUAUGCUGACUACCUGCAAGCAAGCAGCUCACCACCCAGAGGUGAGCAAUGAGUUAAGGAGUAAGGCCCUGCAGUACGGCACUGAGUGCACCGCUGGAUACAUCAACCUUCUGGAGCAAGUGCUGCAGGUCCUGCAGAGGCCUGUGCCAGAGCAGAAGCAGCAGCUGGCCACACACUCAAAGCAUGUGGCCGCGUGUGUGACGGAGCUCGUCCAGACAGCUGAAUCGAUGAAGGGAUUAGAGUGUGUAGACCCCGAGGACCCCACCGUCAUCGCCGAGACCGAGCUCCUCGGAGCAGCAGCAUCCAUUGAAGCUGCAGCCAAGAAACUGGAGCAGCUGAAACCUAGAGCCAAACCCAAGCAGGCAGACGAGACGCUGGAUUUUGAAGAGCAGAUCUUAGAGGCAGCAAAGUCCAUCGCUGCAGCAACUAGCGCUCUCGUAAAAUCCGCAUCAGCCGCUCAGAGAGAACUGGUGGCCCAAGGCAAGGUGGGAUCCAAUCUAGCCAAUGCAGUGGAUGACGGCCAGUGGUCUCAGGGUCUCAUAUCAGCUGCUCGUAUGGUAGCAGCAGCCACCAGUAACCUGUGUGAGGCGGCUAAUGCCUCAGUGCAGGGCCACGCCAGCGAGGAGAAGCUCAUCUGUUCAGCCAAACAGGUCGCCGCCUCCACAGCUCAGCUGCUGGUGGCCUGCAAGGUGAAGGCUGACCAGGACUCUGAAGCCAUGAGGAGACUACAGGGUGCUGGAAAUGCAGUGAAGCGAGCUUCAGACAACCUGGUGAAGGCAGCCCAGAAAGCAGCGUUUGACAAGACUGAAGAUGACAGCGUGGUAGUAAAGACCAAAUUCGUCGGAGGCAUCGCUCAGAUCAUCGCGGCUCAGGAGGAGAUGCUGAGGAAGGAGCGAGAACUGGAGGAAGCGCGGAAGAAGCUGGCUCAGAUCCGACAGCAGCAGUACAAGUUCCUGCCCACCGAGCUGAGGGAGGACGAGGGUUGAUUUGCUGAGUGAACGGGAUGUGCCAUGCCACGCUGCGCCGAUGAGACCCCUCCUGUCAUGGGGGAGACGUUGCCGAUGUGUGAUUGGCUGCUUUACUCUCAUAUUUUACCGAAGAAUAUACAGCACUUGAAACAGGCCUGUUUGGUAAAAAAAAACAAGUGCCUGUGCUCUCUGUAGUGUUUAUGUGUGAGUACGCGUGUAUGUGCGUGUGUGAGGUGUGUAUGUAGCUGUCAGUGAGUGUCAUUGAGGAGGCUGAUGAUAAAGAUGUGUGGUUAACGUAUUUUUACUUUGUGAGUGUUUCUGCAUCUUGAGCAUUACUGACUGUUACAAUCAUGAAUCGAAGAUGUUGCAGGAGUAGAAAUCCUCGAUUAUCAUUGAAUGUUUUAUAAAUGUUGAAGGAUUGGGGCAAAUAUAAAUUAAAAGAUAAUGCUGCAAGUGAGGGUUCCUUGCUUGUAUCCAUCCUUAAUAUAAAACAUCUGAGGGUUGAUUGCAAAGCAGGAGGGAGGGAGGUGCUUCAUUUCACCACUGGCUUGCAUGCACCAUAAUGUUAUACAUAUCAAUGAAGCUACUAACCAAUAGAGUAGUGUAGAGUGGAAGGCACUUGUAUUUUACUAAUAAAAUGUGAAGUGGGGGUUUGCUUUUAAGUAUCAAAUCCCUCAUAUUAAACUAUCAGCCAAAAAUAAGAGGCUCUGAUUGGAGUAACGAAACAGACCACUAUCCAACGUUGGCUCCAAAUAUAUUUAUUCUUGACUGACAUUUUGAAAGAAACUACUCAUUCUUACUGAGCAAACUGGUGUAAUCUGACUGAGAAUCUGGACUCUAUGUGACCAAAUAUUUCAUGCUGCUUGUACAUUAUGUCACUUCCUGUAACCCCUCCAGUCCUUCUCUUAUGUACACAGAGCUGUGUAAGGACUUUAUGUUUACAUUAUUUGUCGUGGGUUUUUUUUAUCUCUUGUUGUCGCCUCUGUUUUAAUUCCUCUCCCAUUAACACUGGCCAGAUUUAGUUUGGGUACCCACUGUACUGUUCACACAUACACACACACAUCCGCACACAGAUACAGUUAUUCUCCACCAGUCACUGCCCUGCCAUGGUAAAGGCAUUCUCACUUUCGACUGACUUGUCUAUAGCAAUACAUUACACUGAAUAUUAUAACAGGAUAAUAAUGAGACGCUGUGCUGUUGUAAGAUUGGUUGUGUGAAAAGAUAUUUGGGCGUAUGUUAUGCACUGAAGUCGAGCACUUAAGAAGGCAAUAUUAAGCUUCCAUUAUAUUAAAUGUAGGAUUUUCCUUUAAAAAAAAAAAACAUACACAAAGGAAAAGAUUCAAGCUCUGAUAAAGGAAACUAAUUCAAGGCUUUGUUUAUUUCUUAGGUACAUUAAUGUAUAAUAUAUUAAACAUUUUACGCACUUCAUCUCCUCAGUCUGUCCACGCCAGUGUCUUGGACUGCAUUGUGUACUAGUGCCUUACUCAAGUCUGCCCUGCGUGCAGCUGAAGAUCAGGCCGGCUGGGAGCCUGAGCCUUGUCCUCUCUGGAUCAGAACAUUAUGCCAGUCUAAUCCCCACUGGGGUCUUAAUGAACUGUCACUUAGUCCUUUGCCAUACAAUACAAUGCCUUGUGGCUGGUGGCCUACUUGCCUACUAUGUUAUAAUGCUGAUAUUAAAGGGCAUGUGUGGACACAUUAGGAUUUAAAGACCAUAUUGGACGACACUAGACUGCAUUCCAUGAGCAUGUGGCAAUUUGUGUGUGAGGAUAUUGUUGAAAUCGUUAUGCCAAGUCCCCCUUAAAAGCAGGACUAAAUAACUUCCUUGUUUCCUUGUCUAACCACUACUUUAUGUUUUAUCAGUAAGUGUAAGAGUUACCCUGAAGUAUAUUGUCUAACUGAGUUGUGCGAGUACUAACGGAAGUAGAUAAAAAGUUACUAGCUCUGUUCUGAAUAGGUGUUGUGCUUUUCUUUAACAGACUGCGUUAGUUUUAUGAUUUGAUGCCGUAUGUAUUAUAUUUAUCUGGUCACAAAAGUAUUUUUUGUAUUCACCAAAAAUAAACAGUUUCAAACAACC